CGUGUCUUCAAGUGUCGUGCAUGCAUUUUGUGCAUCCAUUUUUGCUUUCUUCUCUGCAUGCACUAUAUUCAACUUUCUCUCUCUAAGAUCUCUAUUAUACUUUCUUCUCUCUCUAUAAUAUAUAUGUACUCUAAAUCUGUUCUUUGUAAUUGUAUCUUUAUAUGUUCUAUUUAUCUUAACCGACCAACCACCGACCAUCACCGUUAAUUUUACAGUGUUUGACCCACUUUUUAUACUAAAGAUUUAGUUCAAGAUUUUAUAAUUUAGUGUUCAUGCUAAGGUUGAUGUUUCAUUUUGGGUAAACCCCACAUUUGAUAUUGAGCAAGGGUUUUUGUUGAUUGUUAAGAUUUGUUGUUAAAGGUUUGAUUUUUGAGGGAUUCAAAAUGGGGUCAAUGAUUUGCAUGAAUGAACUUUGUCGUGCUGCAACGACGUCGUCUGAAUGGAAAAAAGGUUGGGGUUUCAAAUCAGGUGGAUUUGCUAAGCUUUGCUACAAUUGCGGAUCUGCUUUUGAGAAUUUAGUUUUCUGUGAAACUUUCCACCUGGAUGAAUCUGGUUGGAGGGAAUGCAGAACGUGUAGAAAGCGUAUACACUGUGGGUGCAUUGCCUCAAAAUAUUUGUAUGAGUACUUGGAUUAUGGAGGUGUUGCAUGUAAAAACUGUGCAAGCCAUUUGGAUGGUCAUUCCAUCAGACCAAUACAGAUACCUGGUGAUGAUCAUCCAAAUGGCUCCUUGGGAUCUAGGAGCGCACAUCCACUUGGUGUUGAGAAUAAAAUGGAUGAGAAUGAUUUCGACAGAAGAAGGACUAUGCGGUUGAGCAAGCCAGUGGAGAACAGUGAGCCUGGUCAACUCUUUCAAACUCAAAAGAAUGACACUAAACCAGAGACAAUGCUUCCCAUUGGUAAUGUCAAUACAUGCUUUUCAAAUCUGAAUCAGCAGCCCAUUGGAGCUUCUCUAUUUGGCAAACCCGAUAAUGAGAGACCAAGCCAAGGAGUUAAAGAUAUGUAUGAACCAAUCAAUCAGCCAUCUCUAAAUUUCUCUUUGAGUACUCCAAUUGGUACUUCGAGUUCGGGACAGCAGCCUUUUCCUGGUGGAGAUGUUGAGGGAAGGGAACAAAGCAAAAAUUCUCCCUUUCAACAGGGGCAGAGGGCACGUCAUAUAUUGCCUAAGCCCCCCAAACCUAGCCCCAAUUCAGGUUCUGAAUCAAACAAAGGAAUGGCUUCACAGGCACGGAUUGCGAGGCCGCCUGCUGAAGGCCGUGGGGGCCGCAAUCAGUUAUUGCCUCGAUACUGGCCUAGGAUUACAGACCAGGAGUUGCAGAAAUUAUCUGGAGACUUAAAGUCCACUAUCGUACCACUGUUUGAGAAGGUCCUAAGUGCCAGUGAUGCUGGACGAAUAGGCCGUCUGGUUCUGCCCAAAGCAUGUGCUGAAGCAUACUUUCCUCCAAUUAACCAAUCAGAGGGUCUACCUAUAAGGAUUCAGGAUAUAAAGGGUAAAGAGUGGACAUUUCAAUUCAGAUUUUGGCCCAAUAACAACAGCCGGAUGUAUGUUUUGGAGGGUGUUACCCCUUGUAUACAGAAUAUGCAAUUGCAAGCUGGUGAUACUGUGAUAUUUAGUCGAAUAGAUCCGGGAGGAAAGCUUGUUAUGGGGUUUCGGAAGGCAACAAACAAUGUUGACAUGCAGGAUUCUCAAACGCCUCUCCUUCCCAAUGGCAAUGGCUCUGCAGAAACUUCAUUUUCUGGCAUGACUGAAAACUUUCCGAAUGGAGGUAGGACAAGCGAUGAUUCUGUGAAAAUGUCAGAGAAGAAAAAGGCAAGAAACAUCGGGUCCAAAAAUAAGAGGCUUCUUAUGCAUGCUGAUGAUGCUAUGGAACUUAGAAUCACUUGGGAAGAAUCACAAGAAUUGCUACGGCCACCUCCGACUGCAAAGCCUACCAUUGUUGUGAUUGAGGAUUGUGAAUUUGAGGAAUAUGAAGAACCACCAAUUUUUGGAAAGAGGACGAUAUUUACUGCCCGAUCUUCUGGGGAUCAGGAGCAAUGGGCUCAAUGUGACAGCUGUUCUAAAUGGCGUAGAUUGCCGGUCCAUGUUCUCCUUCCUGCAAAGUGGACUUGUUCAGACAAUAUUUGGGACUCAAGAAGAUGCUCUUGUGCUGCUCCUGAUGAGAUUAAUCCAAGGGAACUGGAAGCUCUGUUUAGAUCUGGCAAGGAUUCUAAGAGGCGAAAACUAGUAGAAAACAAUGAAGAUUGUGAGCCUUCCGGGCUAGAUGCCUUGGCAACACUUGCUGUUUUAGGAGAUAACAUUGGUGACUUAGGAGAGUCUUCAGUUGGAGCCACAACAAAACAUCCUCGGCAUCGCCCAGGUUGCUCUUGCAUUGUCUGCAUUCAGCCUCCAAGUGGAAAAGGCAAGCACCAGCCCACGUGUAAGUGCAAUGUCUGUUUGACUGUGAAACGUCGGUUUAAAACUCUUAUGCUUCGUAAGAAGAAAAAACAAUCAGAACGAGAAGCUGAGCUGGCACAGGCAAAGGAUCAGGUCCCUCCUAAAGAUGGAUCAGAAACAGAAGGGGCGAGUGGAAUAGAGUUACUUCAAAUGAAUCAUUCCGAGAACGAACACAUGAAUCUCUCCGAGAACGAAAAGAAUUCAAAUGGGGAUCAAACGGAGGAGUUUGGAGCCGGGAAGGGACAGUUGGACCUGAACUGCCAUCCGAACCGGGAUGACGACAUGCUAGUAGAGGCGACAGCUGGAAUGAGCAUCACGUCACUUGUUAAUGCGGCCAAUCUUCCAUUGGAGUAUCUAACGCAGAACGGGCUCGAGAGUUUGGGGAACUCGUUGCUCUCACAAGCUGCCGGUGAGAGUGAAGGAGGAAACCAUACUGAUAACGGAUUUGUGAAAACUGCAGAUGCUGAACCGGAGAGUAAAGGUGAUGAAGGGUAAUUAAUUCCCUAUCUUCACUUGGUAAUAUUUUCUUUAGUUUUUUCCGAUUAUUUGAGCCUUUUGUUAAGAUAUAUAGUGUUGUUCACAACCUCAUUGUUGAGGAGUUAUACAUACUCACAGUUGAAGGAGUCUAUUUUGUCUUCAAUUCCUUCACUUUUUGUGGGUUCUCAUACGUACUUUCUACUGGACAAUGUUCUUUUUUUGGCCUAAUUUGUACUGUCAAGGAAAAGCAACUAAAGUUCCAGGAA